AACGACAUCGAGUUGGAGGAGCGAAAGGAACUCCAACUCAUACACGACUGCGCCAAACAAUUGAGUCCUCUGUCCGUCACGUACACCACAGCUGAGGCUAAUCUCCAGAUUCUGAGCUUCCAGGAAGAGGUCGGACUCAAAGGCGAAGAUAACGUGAGACAACAGGAAGAGAUCACAAAUCUUGUCACACGAGUGGUUGAACUGCAGCGACGAGUGCGCGACUUGACCUUUGAAUGCGAUUCCCUUCAGAACGCCCUCCAAGUGUCCCACGAGUGUCAGAACGAGUUGUCCGUCGAGUUGAUUGAGAUUAAGGAGAAAUACGGCACACUUUUGGCCGCUUUCCACGAAUUGCAGACCGAGUUCAAGAAGAAAUCGCGAUUCAACACAAGUCACUACCAAUACAUGCCAUUCGCCGAUUCGUUGGCCUCCGAGUUGGAGUCGACGCUCGGCAGCGACUGUUCAGAUGGCGAGCUCUCGAGUCUGGGCUUUAGACCCGUUCGCAAGAGUGCCGGCAAUCAGAAUACCGGCACCGAAGAGAUGCGGUGCUAUAGUCCCGACUCUGUACUGUCGGGCGACUCCUUCUACUAUCGUUACAAUAAUCCGCAGCCAAUGAUCGGUUCGACGCCUUAUAGUAAUAACACGAAUAACGCAAAGAACUACUAUAUGGGCGAUAAGUUACAGAUCGUCAAACCCCUCGAAGGGUCAACCAUUUUGAGGCAGUGGCAGAAACUGGCGACCCCUCACUUGGGAGUCAUUCUCGAGUCACUGCCUUUGGUUACCAACAAAGCCAUCAAAGAUUUGGACAAAGAGUUACUGGAAUUCACGGUAAAUUCGAUGAAAGAGUGUCUGAAAGAGGGUGAGAAGGAAGUGGAGACCAAAAAGCACAUGAAUUUCGUGACCACGAACUCGAUCUACACCUACACCACCACAUCGUUAUCACACAUCACAGACUCGACGAGUGUCACCAAUAGCUUCUCGAACGUCCAGUUGUCGACUGGCGUUCAGUCGCCUAUACCUACCGCUACGUCCACCACAUCUUCAUUUACCAGUAAUUUAUUUUCACAUAUAUUUCCGAGAAUUAGAGGCGAAAACAUUACGACAACCACUGCAUCGCUUGGACUCAUAAACGAAAACAAGACAAAUAUUAAGACCACUCUCAACACGAAUUCUCAGCCUCUGGGGUCAACCAAUUUAGACGAUUCCGACGCUAAAAGUAUGACAUUGAGAGAGGAUUUGUCCCAAAAGGAAGUGGAGAGCAGUCGUGAAAGCGGUGUCCGCUUAAAUGAAAGCCAUAUUCAUGCCAUUCAUACAAUUAAUGCCAUUAAUAGUGAGCCAUCGAAAUCAUCCGAUCAUUCCGUUCAUAGUAUACCAAAACAGACGAGUAAAGGGACGACAGGUUUAGAGAUAGGUUUGGGAGGUUUAGGGGGUUUAGGAGGCAUGUCAUCUCUGUUGUCGGCGCACGCAGGCGACGGUGUGAUUACGAAAUGCAAUUCAUUGCUGAGUAAACAUAAAUCAAAUGUC